CAGGCUCGGUUUAUUUUGGGUUUUAGCUGUGAGCUGUCGCAGUUUUAUCGACCGUUUUCCAUAUCGCGGCAGUGAUUCACUUUCCACCCACUGCUAAGUGUAAGCAAUCGUUGUUCCUUCGAAAAACUGAAAGCAGCUAGCUUGUGCCGAAUCGCGCUUCCGCUUUGGCUAGACAGCGCCCCGGAGUGACGGUGUCGCGAUGGCGUCCAUGUUCGACCAGUACUCGAGCGACCUGAUAAGGGAAAGCUCCACCGAUCCGGAUGCUAGCGCCGAGCCGAAAACGUCCGGGUACGUGAGCGUGCGGACACGGAAGGAGGUGCCCAUCUUCACCAAGCAAAAGAUGAACCUGAACCUGCCGUCCGGCAUCCUCUUCCUCUCGGUGCAGAACGACUGGUUGAUGAUGCUGAUGACCAACCUGACCGUGCUGCGCAUGAACCUGAAGCAGCCGGACAAGUUCACCGAGGUGCCGAUCGACAAGACGAUCGGUGGGCUGCGUCCGUCGAGCAUCUACGUCGAUCCGCUCGGGGCGCACCUGUUCCUCACCUUUCUGCCCAAAUCGCCCGGCUUCACGCCCGAGCUGCUCUACCUGCAGCGCAACAGCUUCAAGCCCAAGUUUGUGACGAAGCUGAAGGACCAGGAAAUUACCGCGGUCGGGUUCAACCACGUGAACACGUCCGAGACGAGCACCGGGCCGAUACUGCUCGGCACGGCCCAUGGUGUGAUCUGGGAGGCGGAGAUCGGGCUGGAAAGUGGCGACAAGCUGGUGCAGCAGAACGUGCGGCACGCGUUCGACGUGGGCAAGGGCGAGCAGCGCCCGAUCACCGGGCUGGAGUUUUAUCUCAAGACGGAGCAGAAAAGCCUGCACUGCAUCGUGCUGGUGCUGACGGUGGACCGGCUGUACAAGUUCCACAACACGAUCCGGUCGGGUGGCGGUUCGCUUGCCGGCUCGACAGCCACCGCAGCGCAGGAGCUGAAGCUCGGCGGCUACCUGCAGAAGGUGUUCGGCCCGUACCAGAACGUGGACGACCAGCUGCGUGACUUCGAGGAGCUGUCGGUGGGCGGCAGCAAGGGCACUGGCAGCGGCUCAGCCAGUGCCGGCAGCUGGCCGAAGCUGGUGUUCAACUACGAGGAGGACUUCCCGAAAAGCUUCGGCUGCCUGACGGAGCACGGCAUCAACUAUCAGGAGAUCGAUCCCGCCAUCAACCAGGCCCAGUUUGUGGUGCAGAAGGAGCUGAUCACGUACCCGGAGCCGCGGUACGUGCCGCCCGCCACCAACUCGCACAAGGUGGCGCCGCGCACCAACUGUCCGCUCUCGUUCAUACUGACCGACUUUCACGCGCUGCUGCUGUACGCGGACCACGUCAGUGCGAUCUCUCUGCUGGACUAUCAGGUCGUGUACGAGGAGUACUUCGUCGAACAGUACGGGCGGCUCAUCAACAUCGUGAAGGACGUCCGCUCGAACGUUACGUUCGUGUACAGCAACAAGCUGAUCUUUCGCUACAAGAUCGUGAACGAGCAGCGUAACGCCUGGCGUUUGUACGCCGACCGGCAAAAGUUCGAGCUCGCCCUGCAGUACUGCAACAAAAAUCCGGCCCACCGGGACAUUGUGCUCGUGAAGCAGGCGCAGUCGUACUUCUACGCCGGCGACUACCUGCAAGCGGCGGCCAUCUUCUCCGAAACGCAGCUCAGCUUCGAGGAGGUGUGCCUGAAGUUUCUGCAGAAAAACAGCAACCAAGCGCUGCUGCUCUACCUGCGCAACCGGCUCGGGCAGCUGAAGCCGCACGAGAAAACGCAAAUCACCAUGCUGAUCGUGUGGAUCGUGCAGCUCUUUCUGGUGGAGCUGUCCCACCAGCGCGGAUCGGGCGGGGGCGAAAAGGCGACGCGCGACCUGCAGAAGCAGUUCGAAGCGUUCAUGGCCAGCCGGCCGGUGAUGGCGUGCGUGCGCCGGAACCGGACCGCCAUCUACGACCUGAUGGCGUCGUACGGCGACACGCACAAUCUGACCGCGCUGACCACGAUCAACCAGGACUACGAGUCGGUACUGCAGCAGUACAUUAACCAGGGCCGGUACGAGGAUGCGCUCGGGGUGCUCAGUGCCCAGAACCGGCCGGAGCUCGUCUACCAGUAUGCGCCGAUCGCGAUGGAGGUGCUGCCGGCAGCCACGGUCAGCAUGCUGAUCGGGCAGGGGCACCGGCUCGAUCCGGUCCGGCUGAUGCCGGCGCUGCUCUGUCUCGAUACGCCGCAGCACGCGCACGAAACGGUGCGCUACCUCGAGUACUGCAUCCAUUCGCGGGGCUGCGUCGAGCCGGCCCUGCACAACUAUCUCAUCCAGCUGUACGGUGUGCACUUUCCCGACCAGCUGCUCACGUUUCUCGAGUCGCAGGGCCGCGAUACGACGAUGGUGCAUUACGAUCCGCAUUACGCGCUGCGGAUCGCGCUCCGGCACGAUAUCCGGCCGGCGAGCGUGUUCCUGCAAUGCUUGCUCGAGAUGUGGGUGCCGGCGGUGCGGCUAGCGCUGACCCUGGAGGAUGCCGAGGCCGCUCGACAGCUCGCCCGCCAAACGGCCGCUCAGCCAAGCGAUCGGGUGCUGCGCAAGCGGCUCUGGCUACUGAUCGCCGAGCACGAAAUCAAAGGCACGCGGGACGAGGAAGUCCAGCGAGCGCUCGGCAUACUGCAGGAGUGUGACCAGCUCCGGAUCGAGGACCUGCUGCCCUACUUUUCCGACUUUCAGCGCAUCGACCAUUUCAAGGAGGCGAUCUGCCGCUCGCUGAAGGAGUACAACGUGAAGAUACAGGAGCAGCGACGCGACAUGGAAGAGUCGGCCAAGUCCGCCAACCGGGUCCGGCAGGAGCUGCAAACCUUCCGCAGCCGGUCGGUGACGGUCAGCGCACAGGAGCAGUGCACCGUCUGCGGCGUCUAUCUGAUGCUGAAGCCGUUCUUCGUCUUCCACUGCGGUCACAAGUUCCAUGCGGACUGUCUCGAGCGCCAGGUGCUGCCGUACCUGAGUCCUGAAAUGUCGGAUCGAUUGACGAUGCUGAAACAAUCGCUCGCUACGGCCCAGCACGCGGUCGAGAGUGCUGCAUCGGCUGGAGUAGGAUCGGCCAACGCACUGGAGGCCGCCCCCGUAGCGCCCAUCUCACACAAGGAAAAGCUCAAGAGCGAAAUCGAGGCCAUCAUCUCGUCCGAAUGUUUGUACUGUGGCAAUCUAAUGAUCAAUGCGCUCGACAAACCGUUCGUCGAAAACUGGCAGCAGGCCGAUAGCGAAUGGGACUAGGUGGCUUGCCCUGCGCUGCAGGCGUUGACUUUGACUUUGCUGCGAUGCCUAAGAUUCUAUGCUGUUCGGACCACGCGCCAUUCCAUUCUGCAAUAUGUAUAGGGACAGUGUACGCUUUAUACCGCUCAUAAGGAGCACUUAGAUUUCUGAAAUAGUUUAUUUCGAUUAUUUACAUUAUCUUUUCACUUUUUUGAUGUGUAUAGCAAAUUUAAUUAAAGUUCAAAGUUCGGUUCGAUUUAUUGUGAAGAAAAAUGUUUGAUCGAGUGAUACCCCCCAAAGCGCUAGGCAUGCGAGCAAAAGAGGCGUGCUGCCGGUAAUGAUUUUUGUAUUAUUGUACGAUCCUUCGAAAGGAAUGCUGUAAUGCAAAUGGUAUUAAACUGUACAUCUAUCUAUUCAAUAUAUUUAUCUAUUGUUACAAUUGCAUGCAUGCAUUUCGUAUUAUCUUUUUUAAUUAUAAUCUUUUGGUCUUUGGCACAUUGGUAACGAAUCACGAAAUGUUGUGUUUGUUAGCGGCAAAAUAAUGUAACCUUCAUCUCUAUAACCAUCAACCCAAUUAUGUUUUAGUAUGUAUGUAUGGGUUACAUUAUGUUUUGUAUUUUAUGUUAUUACUUUCUUUUGAUAAAAUUCAGAUAUUUACUUGGAAUUUAAGGCAUGCCUUGUUUCCUUUCAGAUUAAAAAAAUCAGAAGUUCACAUAUUUUUAAAAUUUGGGUUAACAUUUUUUUAAAUUUCCCUUGGUUCUAUAACCACCUACGCGGACUGGUUAUACAUUUGGUAUGAAAGUUCACACAUCCAUGAAAUAAAACGCGUACGUCUUUGGCUUUGAUUAUCGUGUUGACUUCAAACUCUCAGUAAAUAUGCCUAUUACUAUUUGCUAGCCAGUAAUGAAAAACUCAAAAUUAUAUUUUUUAAAUUUUAAUUUAAUUUUAAUUGAUUCUAAUUUGCAACUCUUAAAUCUUUAAACACCUACCUGCGUAGGUCAUACAUUUUGUAUAGGACUACAAAAUCACAACUGAAAAGCGGUUCUGUGCGGUUCUAGUAGUCGUAUGGAUUGAAAAUAUUUAGCAAAUAUGUGUUAUUUUGUAAAUUCAUUAGGAAAAAAAUAUUUAAAAUAUUUGUAUUAUUAAAUUCCUUUUUCGUUUUUAACAUAUUUUUAUUUUAACAUAUUAUAUAAUUAUUGCGUUAACCUAAGACGAGAAUGUCUUGAUUCCAUAUUUUAUUAAUCUUAGAGUAUCGAGAUUUAGUGUUUAGAGCGAACUUCCCUCUAGUAAAUCUAUUUGAUUGUUAUUUUUUCAUCGAUAUCUCUUCCUUACACUACGAGGGGGGUUUAUGGGCGUCUCUUAUAUACCUAUCUCUACAGACACCCGUCAAUUUGACGGAUGGAUACAAAUACGUAUUUUAAAUACGUAAAUACGUGUGUAUAAGAUUGGUUAAAAUCAUGAAACAUUAUUUUAUUAAAAUUAUGAAUCGUUUAACAUGUUUUGGUUUUUAUAAAAAAUUGGCUACACAAUGCUAAUUUAUUAUAAUAGUCGCUAUUGUUGCACCGAACACAUGAACCGAUAUCUUUGUGAUGCCACAUUUUGACCGAUGCCUGCGGGAGUUUCGAAAAACGCGAGGAAUAGGUUGAUCUGUAAUUCAGUUUGAGACCGCUUUAUUGAAAUAAUUACUCAAGAAUUUUUAUGAUAAUAAGUGGUUUAUAGUUCUCUUUCAUUUACUCCUACAUAUAUCCUACAUUUACUUGUGUUGAAAAAUGUAACCACUUAGCUAAAUACACUAAAUGUACUCAAUUCACCCAUUCAAUUUGUCGAGUUCCGUACAGAUAGGUAUACCUAUGUACAUAUGUAUCUGAAAAUCUAUGAAAGUUAUGAAAAUGAUGAAGUGAAAUCAUGAUAAAUUAACGAAAAGUAAAAUCAAGAUUAAACGAAAGGUAUUUUUAGUAUUUCACUGCAAGUUUAAAUUCAGUCAAAAUGACGGGUUCCGUAAACCUAGAGUUAAACUUGUUUCUAUGUAUGUAUUUUUUUCUUCUGUAAUUCUAUCCAUUCCAUUUUCCAUGCCUGUUUUUUCCAAAGUGUCAAAUUUAUUCUACAUAUUGUUAAAUUAUUCGUUUAUCCUAUUAUCGUUCCUCAAAUCAUAUUCAAACUGAGUUAACUACAUACAUCGGAACACGUUUAUACAAUUAAAGAACACGUUUACGUGAAAAAAAAUAUACAUAACACUCAACUUAAAAAUAAAUCCUAUUUUCUCAAUAUGUAGAUAUAAUACGGGAUAUUUAUUGAAAGUUUGAAAUCAAUAUGGCAGUUACAGCCAAAGAUAUACACUUUUUAUUCUGAGGGUGAGCAAACUCCCAUACAAAAUUUGGUCAUCCAUCCGGGUAGGUGGUAUGGACAUUUUUCCACAAAUAAAUACACACCAGAUGGCGCAGUUAGCUAACCGGUAAAAAUUGGAACUUCACGGAAAUCCAGGAUUUUUUAGGAGUAUGUAUAUCUAACAUGGUAAUACACAUGUAAUGUAACAACUUCGUCCGAUUUAUGUUCUUGUGUGUUACUUCUGUUGUUGGAGUAAUAGAAAAAAGAAUAAAGAAUAAAUACCACAUUUUAACUUUGA